GCCAAACGGACGCGAAUUCUGCAAAACCGAUACAACAGAAAAGCAGGUCUGGAUAUUUACAUCUGAUUUACUCUGUUCAGGCGUACCUGAGAGAAGAGGAACCUGUCCACCUCGUUAGAAAUAAACGAAGCCACUGGUAGAGCAGCUUGCUGCCGUCAACUGACAAUGGCAGAAUGCGAGGCAGAGUGGGAGCUGUGCAAAGAGAACAUCCAGCCGCUGAGACGCGGCCGAGCCAUCUCAGCCCUGCACCAAGCGCUCCAGCAGCAAGAGGGCUCCAACGCUGCUCUCAACCAACAGAAACAAGCAUAUGAGACAGAGCUGCGCAUGUAUGAUGGAGAUGACCCUCUUGAUGUCUGGGACAGAUACAUCAAAUGGACAGAGCAGAACUUCCCACAGGGAGGAAAGGAAAGCAGCUUGAAUAUUCUUCUGGAAAGAGCAGUCAUGAAGUUCACAGAAGAAAAGAAAUAUCACAAUGAUGCCCGUUAUGUUGAUCUUUGGAUCAGAUUUGCAGAAGGCUGCUCUGAACCUCUAGAUGUCUACCGCUACAUGCAAGCUCAAGGAAUAGGGACAAUGCAGGCAUCUUUCUACAUCGCAUGGUCUGAAGAAUACGAGAACAGGGGAAACUCGCGGAUGGCUGACAGCAUAUUUCAAGAUGGUUUAAAGUGUGGAGCUGAACCUCUAGAUAAGCUCCAGCAGUUUCACAAGGCUUUGCAGGCACGUGUAUGCAGGCAGAUGAUGGCAGCAGUAGUUGAUAAGGAGAAAGUGGAUGAUGAACCUCCAGAGCCUCAGAGGAUUUCCCUGGUGGAGCUUAAAGCCAAGGGAAAGAAAAAAGCAGUUGCUCCUAUCAAUAGGGUGGCCGGCUCCAUUGGCUAUGCACGGGGUCUGCAGUGCACACAACCUGUAGGACCAAUAAAGAACAGUCGGCUCAUGAUAUAUGAUGAAAAUAAGGAACAUUUUGAUCCUCAGGAACCGAAAGUAGAAAGUUGGAUGGCUCCACCUUCUGCUAAGGCCAAGGAGAAUGAACAGAGGCCUGAUAAAUGGACCAAUGCUAAGUUGCCCCAGAAGUCCAGAUUUGGUCAUACUGUAGUGGUUCCACCACCAAAGCCAAGUUUCCAGCCCUUUGUGGAGGAGAGUGAUCAGCCUCCUGCAGUAACUCCAUGUAAGAUCAACCCAGCAGUGAACACUGUGCUGUCUGCAAGGAAGCCGCGGCGGGAGGAGCAGACUCCACUGAAGAGGUUGCAGGAGAGGCAGCACCAUAUGCAACUGCAACAGGAGGACGAGGGCAAAAGUGGAGAGAAGUGCAUGUACUGCAAGGAGCUUCUCUUCAGCGGUGCCACAGAGUUCUCUUUCGAAGAGCUGCGUGCUGAGCGAUAUCGCCAGAAAUGCAGCCAGAGACUGGAAGCAGGCAGCAGUGGCAGAAACAGCCAAGAGCAGUCACAGUCCAGUUAAAAUGACUGACAAGUGAAAAAGCUGAAAGGAAAGCAGUGUUUUAGAGCAGUGGUUCUCAAUUUUUGUCCUGGAUGCUACUUUUCUGCUCAUUUUAAUGUUAUCUCUGCUCCAACACACCUUAUUAAUUCAAUCAGCUCAUUAACAAGGCUGUCCUGAGUUGAAGUGGACGUGUUUGAGCAGGAAGAAUGCUAAAAUAUGCAGAUCAGCGUGGCAGAUCACUGCAAAAAAGGACCUAGGCUUUGAAUACCUUAAAUGAGCCUCUAAAGUCAUCAUAUGUUUGUCCUGUGGUUGUAUCCAAAGAAAUGCAGUCAGUUUUGAGUCCAAAUCUGGCAAAGGCUGUGCUGUUACUAACUUUAAUGUUAUUGUUUGCUUGUUACUGUAGCAGCAAUGGUUGUUCAGACACUACAAACUGUAGCUGUAACCGUAGUCAGAUGUCAGCAAUAUUAAAGGGAAUACUUUUCAACCUAAUCUUUUUCUAAACAGAAAGCCUGUUAACUCAGAACACCAAGCCACCAGGUUUUCUGUUCUUUUACCAAGUUCAGAAAACAUGCUGCAGUUAUUUCCCAUGGUAAUUGAAGCUACUCCUUUAAAGGGGAAAUUCACCAAUUUUCAAAGUUGAGUGGUUUGAGUGGUUUGAUGUAAAAUGGUUCACUGUAGAGAAACUUUACAGCUCCUUACAAUGGGAGUGAGGGGAAAUGGGUCACCAUGUCUACAGGGCAGAUAUAGACAUUUUAUUUACUAUCUAACUGACUAGCGAACCUUAAUGUGUGGGAUAUUUUCUUGAGGAAUUUUUUCUUUCUCCUCUCUCUCUCUCCUGAAUGUACUUUUCAACUCUGCAUAUACUGGUGUAUCAUAAAACUGCUGUAAAAUAAUGUCUCACUCAGCAGAUUUUUUUCAUACGUAUUUAAAGCCAUUUCUUGUAACAGCUUUCUGCGAGUUAGCUUCAGACGUCUGAUUCCUAUCACCACCAUUGUGGACAAUUCUGACUCAAGUUUACCUAGAAUGCAGCAUUUUACAAUAGAACGCUUUGAAUUACUUUAACAUUGCAAUGAUUGAAUUGUGCAGAAAUUUUGAAAAAUGGGUGGAAUUCCCCUCUGUUUCCCUGUAUAAAAUACUGCUGGCUGAUAAGUAAUGACUUCUGAUAUUGUAUUUCUAUGGUUCAACCUGUAUCUGUGCUUUUGUAAAUAUUGUUUCAUUGUUUAUCACACUGUCUUGUGUGCAGCUGUCAGAAAAAUUGUCACUUUUGUUGUAUUUUUUUUUAAACUUUGUUUCUUUUGUACUGUUGUAAUGACUAUUUUCAGAGAUGGUGUAGAGAUGCUAACGUUUUUCCCUUUACCCUGUACCUCUUACAGGAUGGUCACCCAUUGCA